AUGCCCCGAUUCAGACUGAUUUCUGGAAAAGCGCCCCCAUGUGGAGAGAAUUGGAGAAAUCGAUCGGAUGGCAAAGAACUACAUUGUGUAUCCACACCGCCCACAACCCACAGCCUCGCCGAUCCUAUUCGCCUCGGAGAAGAGAACCACAGAGAGCUGUCUUUGGAACUGAAUUUCCUAUGGUUCCCUACAAUCUAG